AAUCUUUUCCUCGUUCAUUUUCCCGUCGAUCAUGAAAUUUUUAGAGCGGAACAAUUGGUUUCCAGGCGGUCCGAGCGGUUUUCGUGAGAAGGGUGCAAAAAUCGGCGUCAUUUUUAGAGCCUCGACACCAGCUCAACACAGGACCCUAUGGGAGACGGUGAAGUAGCGGAAGCAAUAAAUAGAGCGCUCUAAUUUUAGCUUAUUUCCCUGGUGUGUCACCGACUGAUAAUAUCUUUUUUCACUUUGUCAAGACUCAACCACUAUGUCCACGGAUGAGAAGCCGCCAGCUGAGCCAGGAAACAGAGAGGUGUCACUGCACGGCCGGCAGCUGUCGAGCAUCCCGUGUUUCCGCCAGACCUACCUGACCGGCAUCGGGUCGGGCCUGGCCGCCGGGCUCACCACCUUUAUGAUGACCAGUCGGCCGCGGACGGCGAGUCAUGUGGCGUUUGGUACAUUUUUCACCACCACCCUGGGCUACUGGUUCUAUUGUCGGUAUACAUUCGCGCGCGCCAGCUUUCAUCACCGGCAGCUAAAGCACGCCAUGAAGCAGCACAUCCUCACUGAGGGCACCGACGAAGACGUCGUGGGGGUCCCGGAGGGGGGCGCAGCGCCACCGACCCGGCCAGAGAUCGCCGACGCGUGAGGCCGGAGCUAGUGCUCGUCUGUAGUUCGCCGUUUGGCCGCUGCGUGUCGCUGGUGUCGUCUGAAUCCCACUGCAGAGGUGUGCCGGGCUGUGGCCAACCCCGCGAUGUCGGGUCCGUGCAGUCUGCUGAGGGACGGCUGAGCGCUGCCCGAUGGACAGGCCGCCCACCGGCGCACGGCUGUCUGCCCAGUGGUAUUCUCCUGCUCAUCAACCAAACAGCGUGUCUGCUACCGCCAUCCGCCGCCCCCGUCCUCCGUCCGGCAGUAAACUAACGACCCGUCGGCCGGCCGGUCAGCGGGCCAGCCCAGUCCGUAUGGACCGAGGCAGGACCACCCGUCAGCAGAGCGUCCGACAUGAGGCGCCCGCCCGGGUGGCGACAAAACUGCCACCGGGCCACGGCAGACAGGACGUGCUCGUGACGUGCUCGUUAGACAUGCAGACUGGACGUGCUGUCCAGAGCAGGGUAUCAGACAUGCCAGUGUGCUGUCCACUACAGCCAUGUGCCUGGGAAGUCGUGGGAUAACUCAAAUGCAGUCAAAUAGUGUGGUGCUCAGAAUGCGGACCGUGCCAACGUUUUGGAUACGAUUGUUUUACGUUGUGUAUCCCGAAACUUGACUGGACCGUGUUCACUCUAUUUACCUUGUAGGACCGUUUUACUGGAACCUCGUGUCGUGAGGAGUCGUUUGGAGGCGGUGUGAACCCCUUUAGAGGCCGUUCACCCCUGUGACCCGGUUUCGUCCGGGAUAUAUGCCGAGUCAUGUAUGUCGCUGUGAGCGUGUCGUGCGCUGUGCAAUAAAUGUCAUUGACAGGGA